UCUAACACAUUUUGAUCCGUGCGCGAUGAAUUUGAACUUGCGGUUUAAAAGUAACAGAAAAGAACGGGACAAGGUGGCAUAAGAAGGAAGGGAACAAAGGAUAGUUUAUAAUCGAUCAUCUACAAUAAUAGUAUUGUUUGUUGUAAUCGAUAAUUUCUAUUACGGUGUUUAUUAUCAAAAGUGAAAUAUUUUUAAUAGGUUGAAUAACAUUUAUCAUAAAAUAAUAAUAAUAAACGAUGGAUGCAACUGAUAUAUUACAUAUUGAAAUCUUACAAAAAUCUGAGAGUGUAUUGUCAGAAGAGGAAAUACGAGCAAUGGUACAUAAUAAAAUUAUAGAAUUGGAGGAAGUAUUAUUAGAUGUAGAAUUACCGGAUGUCUUAUUUACUCAUGCUAAAGAUCAUAUUGAAUCUGUAUCAUGUGCCUGUAAUCAUGAAAAAACUCGUAUGAAAAUUGCUGGAGUCAAUUUACAAUAUCACAUAUAUAGAAUGACAGAAAGUGAAUCAGCCAUGUCAAUGAUAGAAAAUGGUAAUGAAGAAUUACCAGCGGCAAAUCAGUGGCUUUUACCUUCUAAAGAAUUUCAUUAUUUGUGGGAAAACAUGUAUUAUGAUUCGGAUAUAAAGCAAAAUUUAUUAAAUUUUGUGGAAACAGCAGUAAUAUUUUCUGAUAAUAAAAUAAAUCCUAAUAUUAUAUCAUGGAACAAAGUAGUAUUAUUACAUGGACCUCCAGGCAGUGGAAAGACCAGCUUGUGUAAAGCACUGGCACAAAAAAUUGCAAUUCGUUUUGGACAUCGUUUUACAUUUGUGCAUUUAAUAGAAAUAAAUAGCCACAGUUUAUUUUCAAAAUGGUUCUCUGAGAGCGGAAAAUUGGUAAUGAAAUUAUUUGAUGAGCUUAAAACUCUUCACAAUGAUUCUAAUCGAUUAGUUUGUAUUUUAAUCGACGAAGUAGAAUCAUUGGCACAUGUUCGUAAAUCCUGUGUUAAUGGUACUGAACCUACAGACUCCAUACGUGUAGUAAAUGCUUUACUUACCCAAUUGGAUCAAAUGAAACAUUAUCCAAAUGUUCUAAUUCUUACAACAAGUAACAUGACUGAAGCUAUUGAUUUAGCAUUUGUAGACCGUGCAGAUAUAAAACAAUAUAUCGGCCAUCCCACAGAAGAUUCUAUAUACAAAAUAUAUAGUGCCUGUAUAAAAGAAUUAAUGAGGACUGGAUUGAUAGAACAAGAACAAUUAUUUAAUCUUGCUUAUCUUAAAGCUCAUGGUUACGAAGAAACUUAUGAGACAAAGCGCUGUUUAAUGCUAUUGGAAAUCAGUAAACAAAGUUAUGGACUAAGUGGACGUACAUUAAAAAAAAUACCAUUUUUAGCAAAAGCUCUUUUUAUACAUUCAAAAAAAUCUACAUUGGCUCAAUUUUUGAGAGCAAUGCAUUAUGCCAUCGAAAAGCAGAAAGAUGAUGUGUUGGAGCAAUAAAAAAAAAUAAAAAAAAAAAAAAAUAAAAAAAAAAUAAAAAUGAAAAAAAAAUGGAAAAAAGAAAUGAAAAAAAAGAAGAAGAAAACCAUCUUUAUUUUUUUAUUACACGUAAUAACAUUAUUCAUUGUACAAAAUCUAAGGGAGAAAUAUUUGACUAAUAAUUUUAUUACGUAUUUUAAGUAUUUUACAAUAAUUCUUAAUCUAUUUAUUCGUACGUAACGAUAUAAGUAAUAAAAAAAAAAAAUGAAAAAAUAAAAAAGAAAUUUAUAUAAAACAAACUCGUG